AUGGGCCGAAUGGCCGAUGUGAAGACAGAAGGGAACCACAUCUGGGAUCUUUCCUCCCCAACCCCCAGCGAGGACAAUCGAUCGGAUUACUUUUCCCCGAGGGAUUCCCUUCCGCCCUUUGCUCUACUUACCUCCGAUGAAGACCGGGAGAGAAAAGCUGAAGCUUCCAGCCCGGGCACGUACCAUGUGGUCGUGAUUCCAGACAGCUUCUCCACACUGCCGGAAUACGCAGAUGAUCUAAUGGAGAAGCCGAUAGUCACGAGCACUGAAAUCGGUAGCUCCGUGGCGAGUAGUCCCACAGGACACAUGUCGAACAACAAUACCCAUGAUCCCAACGUGGUCAUCCUGAAGACAUUCGAGGAUGUGGCCCGGCGUUCUCCCUCGGCCGGCAGAACAUCAAGAGUCUCACCAACCUCGGAGAUCUCUGAUCCUUUUUGUGCUCUCUCCUUAUCCCCCAUUAUUGACUCUCUUCCUUCCCCGGCCAUCCUGGAAGACGAGAAAUUAUCCUUCUUUGAUGCAUACCUCGACCAAGAAAGUCAGGAUAAUGUGCUCUUUUCUCAUUUUCGUCAUGUUGUCUGGAAACAAUUGUUCCCACAUAAUCGUGAACAGGACGACUCAUUUGGGCUUGAGAGUAGUGGUAUGACACUAAGCGUGGAUUUCCUUGAGCGCGAAGCUGCUCUCUUCCCUCCGCUUUCCCAUGCCAUCAUGGCUGUCUCGGCACUCAGUCUCUCGCACAGUGGCACUGGCCAGAGUGUCGACGCGUUGCAGUACUACCAACAAGCAUUUCCUUCGCUCCAGACCAGCCUGCGCAACAGCGAGGAUCUCGUUUCCGAUGGCCUCUUUCUGACUCACUUUUUACUCUUGAUCUACGAGGUGUCCGCCGCCGAACCCCAUGGCUCAAAUCUCUGGUCUCAUCACAUCUCUCGUUUACUUCACAUUUCUUUCCUGCGUCGAAAUCACUUUGGCCGCGAGCCCCACCCAUUCAUCAUUUGGUGGAUCUGCCAUAUUGACCUGUACGCUCUACUGAGUGGGGCAGGAGAUGGCGAAUUUGUGCGGGCUAUCAUUGAUCACCAGAUACUCCCGGGAUCCGAAUGUCUCCUCUACCCUUCCGUCGCAGAAGGCUUCAGCGUCAUUUAUCCCGAAGAACAUGACAGCUUGCCUGUCAUGAUGCGCCUCUAUGCCGAUACGUUUAGACUGGCCACCCAGCUAGGUUUCCUCGGAGCACAGCUCCGCCGGGAGAAGCAAACCUUGCCCAUCGCAGAUUUCGACCAGCGCACAAAGGAAGUGCGCGACUUGCGCCAAGCCUUCGGGCGCUUGUGGGAAGCCCCCGACGUCGCUUGGUACCACCAGCAUCAAGAAAGCCUUCCUCGGCGAUCUCAGGAGAUUCUCCAACAGUCUGCCACCCUGUUUCAUGUCUGCCAUUUGUUCUCCUACAGUAGCAUGUGGUCCGGUCAACGGUUAGAGUCGGAGUUCAGCCCCGAUGGAGAAAUUGACCAUCACGCCUCGGAGAUUUUGCGGAUUGCGGAACAGACGACAAAUACUCGCCGUGCUGACCGGCACUUCCUUGUUUUUCCACUCUUCCUUGCCGGUGCCACUGCAUCGGCUAGUGGUCUCAAGAUGAUGGCCAUGGAAUUGAUGACAAGUAUGGAGGAUGAGGAGGAUGGCAUGGGUCGGAACGCAGCCACAACCCGCGCUAUCUUGCAGACGGUCUACGAGCGACAAUUGGAGCGUCUGAUGCGCGUUGGGCACACUCUGGAUUUGGACUGGGCGGACCUGAUGGCCCAGGAAGGGCUACAAAUGGUCAAUUUUGGUUUUUAG